AACAAUUGCUUAAAAUUAGCAAGUCUAAUUAUAUUACCUGUAUACAAAACUCUCUUUAAAAACUAUUUGAUUUGUUAUUUUACGAUUAGACCAUUUUCGUGGGGUUAAAAACAGUUAUCAUCAAAUGGAUGUGACGGCAGCAGACGUUGCUAUGAAAGAAGAAAGUUUGGAGCCUUCUGUUCAUGGGGCUGAUUCAGGAACGACGUUAACACCAGAAAGCAAUGCAAAGGCAACUCUUUUGCAACAAACUCCGCAAUGUGAAAUUCCACCAUUUGCUCAAUGGUUUGACAUGAAAACGAUUCACGAUAUCGAAAAAAAGUCAUUGCCAGAGUUUUUUGAUGGCAAAAAUAAGUCGAAAACACCGGUUGUUUAUAAAGACUACCGUGAUUUUAUGAUAUGUGCUUAUCGAAUGCAGCCAGACGUGUACUUGACCUUCACUGCUUGUCGACGGAAUCUCGCUGGUGAUGUGUGCGUUAUUCUUCGCGUGCAUAGAUUUCUUGAACAAUGGGGUUUAAUUAACUAUUCAGUCCGUCCCGAGACGCGACCUUCUAAAAUUGCUCCUCCGUAUACGGGCCAUUUUCAAGUAUACGCAGACACACCUCGAGGUCUUGCACCACUGGUCCCCCCUCUUGCACCUAGUAUCCCGAAGUCGCAAAGCAAACCUAUACAAUCAGUUACUGCGAAUCGUAAAAAUAUUUACAACCCAGAAACGAGUAACAUUAUUAGCGGCACCCACUCAUCAACACAUGCUACGAAUUCCCCAGCUCUUCAACAGACAAAAAAUGGUUUAAACGGACCACACAAUUCAUUGGACUUAUCCUGUAUAAGCUGUGCAAAAGCUGUUCAAAACACUACACACUAUGAAAGUAAUACUCCAGAUAGAUUUCAACUGUGUGCAACCUGUUUUGAAGAGCAAAAAUUCCCCAACGGUCUUGGCUUACAUAAUUUUGUCAAAAUUCCCAGUGAUAAUGAACAACAAGAACACAAAUGGACGUCUCAAGAAUUACUUUUGCUUUCUGAAGGCAUAGAGCUGUACCCUAAUGACUGGAAAAAAGUUUCUGAGCAUGUUGGCACAAAAAAUGCUGAUGAAUGUAUUCUUAAGUUUUUGCAAAUUCCACCUUCCGACGCCGAAUUACACAAAGCUAAAGAUUAUGAAUAUAGAGCCUCUAUCGGGUUUAUUCAAAAAGAAAAUCCAAUUGUCUCUCUUGUUUCAUUCCUUGCAAAAUUAGCGGAUCCGUGUUCACUCGCAAAGGACUUAAACAUCGACUUGCACAAUAUUUCUGAACAAUUACGGACAGAGUCUGCUAAAUUCCCUAAAGAGGAAAACGGCCAAGAGGUCAAACAUGAGCUCGAGGGAAGCACACAGGACAGCAGUAUGGAAAUUGAUUCGGAGCAAGCAAAUAAUGAGGAAACGUCGAGCAAAGUCAAAACUGAAGCGACUGAUGAAACUACCGUCGAAAGUGAAAGAGAACAAGCGCAGCCAGAAAAGCCUUCUAUUUCCGUGCAAAACGUUCCUCCGGAGAAGGGAGACCUUAUGCAGGAGGAUAAGAAAACUGAGGUAAACAAAGAUGAAGAGCGGAAUUCACCAAAUGACGCUGGUACGAAAAAGGAAGGAGAAAAGAAAACGUUGUCUUCGGAAGAUGAGAAAUCAAUUAUUGAAUUGAACCGCAAACUCGUUCAAAAACAAAUUGAAAAACUUACCCUACGGUUAUCACACUUUGAAAAACUGGAACAACAUCUACGCCUUGAAUCACAAGAACUCGAAAAAAUGCGACAAGACGUGUACUAUGAGAAAUUGUACAUGAGACGUGAACUUUUGAAUUCUCGCAGACGACUGGAACAAAAUAUUCAUAAUUCAGACGGUGUAUUACCGGCGUAAACAAUAGUUAACUCUGUAUCUGCAAGAGUAAAUACUUAUAAAACCAAGUAAAUUGUAAUAUAUAUGAAUUGUUCUUAUAUUAACAUAAAAGGUGAUGAAACAAAAUGUCAAUGAGCCUAACCCAAAGAUGGUAAAGACAGCUUGUG